AUCACUCAAAGGCACCGUUCUCCCAUGUAUUUACCUGUUUAUUACAUGUUUACCUAUAAUAUAGUAAGAAAUGCUUUUUGUGUCAUUUUUAUGGGUACUUGCAUCUUCUGGCACAAUGAAUUUCAGCUUUUCAGUUUUUAUAUUAUUUGUAUAAGAUUCUAUUUACUGUAUAAAAUCAAAUACCUGGAUAGUUGUACUUUCUUGCUUAUUGCAUAGUUUAGGGAUAAAAAUACGAUAUUUCACGAAGAAUACAAGAUGUUACGCUCAAGAUGAUAAAAUAAAACGGAAAUAUUCGCUGUUUUACCUCCACGAAACGCGAUGACGUCAUUUCUGUUUACAGACGUUAAUUUCCCGCGCUAACGCCAGGGCCAUUAUCGAUAAUGGCCCCGGGGCUUAUUAUGAUAAUGUGAUAAUGCAUGACGCAAUGCGAUAAUGGGAGAAUUUUUAACACAAAUUUGUUACUAUUUAUAGGUACUCAUGUAAUAAAUUUCCAUCAUCACCUCCAUCUAGUGACAGAUUCAUGCUGUUUUCAUCAAUUUGUAACAUGUUUUGAAGAGAUCUAUUUGUAACUUGUUUCAAGUGCAGGGAAGCAUAUAAGUGAGAAAAAUGAUUUAUCUAUCAAGUGUGUUCAUGCGUGCAUGCGUGUGUGCUUGCGUUCGUGCGUAUGCGUGUAAUCCGGUUCAUCGUCCUUUUCAACAUUUUUUUCAGUCAUAGGAGGGUGUCUCCUUGUGGCAUUGAGCACAAUGCCCAGCUUUAUAGUUCUGUCUCACUGGAAUAUCACGCCGUAGACGCUUGACAUGAUUCCACACGAACUGACAUUAUACUGACAUUUGACUGAUCAGUCUAGCACUAUUCACUUUAUUUUGAGCGCCAAGCAAAGAUGCUACUAGCAUCAUCUUCUACGUCUUUGAAAUGACGCGGCCCGCGAGCGAACUCACAACCACUUGCACUCGAACCGGGCGCUCAACCAUUAGGCUGUUGAGGCGAUUUUUAUUGUUGAUUUACUUUUUCCACAAUAUCAGUUUGAGUAUUAAUUACUCCAUUGUUAGUUUGAGGCGCUUAUUCACUGGCAAAAAAUGUAAAGUGUAACGUCUCCAUAACAUAUUGAACUACUAUAUCAAUUUGAAGUAGGGGUAAUAGAAAAUCUCAAGGUGGCUAAGUGUACGUAAUUAUUUUGAUUUUAAGUACAUACCAUUUUAACAUAUGUUUCUUUGUAGCAUAAAAUAUCAAAGCCGACAUACACUUGAGCUUUGAAUGUAUAUUUACAUUUGAAAGAAUAAUUUGCACUAAUAUAUGUUCACAUCUGCUUACUUUCUAACAGGCAUUAUGGAUACCAACGAGGAUGAUUUUAAACUUGCAGAAUUGCAAAACGAAGAUAGGAAAAUAGAUUCAAUAACGCCGGCUGAAGACGCCGAUGCUCUUCUUAAAAAGAUUCAAACUAAAGAAAGACAACCUGGAAAUCCCGAACAAAUUAUUGAAGACCUAGGUGGAUGCGGCAAAUUUCAAAUACGCCUGACACUCGCCAUACAUCUCAUCAAAACAGUAUUUUGUUUCAGUUUCACCAACUUAAUUGUAACAACAGCGUCACCAAUAUGGUGGUGCAUGAAAGACUCCAAUGAAAGCAGUUUGAUAAUUUGUAAAAGUUCAAACAAUGACUCCAGUCAGAACUGCUAUCAAGGGGCAUGUCGGUCUCCAAACAACACCAAAUGCGAACAUGUAUUAUUUGACAACAGUAUGAAUACUAUAGUUAGCGACUUCAACUUGAUCUGUGAGUAUGACUUUAUACCUAGUAUGGUAAACUCACUUCAACUGGCUGGUACGCUGACGGGAAACGUUAUCUCGGGCCAACUUGCCGAUAUGUUUGGCAGAAAACCUCCUUUCUUCACAGCAAUAAUACUUGUACUGGCUUUUAGUCUUGUUGGUUUUUUCUCCUUUACCUGGCAGAUGUUUGCUGUUUCAACAUUUUUCACAGGACUAGGUCACGGGUUCUUUAUAACAACUCAAUAUAGUAUACUGUCAGAAUAUACAUUAUCAAAAUGGCGCGUAUGGGUGGUUGGAUUUCCAUCUUUGGCUUUAGAGCAGUGCUUAUUCUCUCUUGUUGCGUGGCUGUUACAUGACUGGCGAUAUCUACAACUUGUUACAGCACUUAUAGCUGUCCCUUGUUUGUUUUCGUGGUUCGUCAUUCCGGAAAGUUUUCGAUGGUACAUUGCACAGGGAAAACUGGACAAAGCAACGAAAAUUAUACGAUCUGUUGCAAACUACAAUAAAUGCACUACCACAAACAUUGCCUUGCAUAAACCUGACUCAAAUAGCAAGCAGAAGUAUUCAUUUCUACAUUUGUUUAAGACAAAGUUCUUGACACAAGUGACUCUUUUGUCAAUGAUUAACUGGACAGCUUUAGGUGUUGUUGGAUAUGGAAUAUCCUUUGGAAUACAAUCACUGUCAGGAAACUUGUACCUGAAUCUGUUUUUAUUUUGUAUUACAAGUGUCCCGUCAAGGGCGGUUGCAAUAUUUCUAAGCAACAGAAUUGGACGUCGUAAGACAUCGAUUCUAUUUUUUGCUGUCGUAGGCAUUACGGGAAUCACCGUUGGCAUACUACAAACAUUAGAUGUUCAACACAAGGAUAUGUUGACUAACGUAUUAGCAAUUGUAGCAAACACAAGUAUAGGUGCCGCAUGGGGGACUGUUCAAACAAUGACAGUAGAACUCUAUCCAACCGUCAUAAGAAAUAUUGGUUUCGGAACGCUAAGCCUAACUGGAGGAAUUGGGGCAAUUAUAGGACCACAACUAGUGUAUCUUAAUGCGUUCGUUCCCGGUCUCCUAUUUUAUGUGUGUGGGACAAUUUCUCUUUUGUGUGUACUUGGGACAUUAUUCUUACCAGAGACAAAGGGGAAACAUUUAGAUGAUAAAUUAGUUUAAGCUGAUAUGCUAUGAAUCAACAUUUGUCUUCCCAUAUAUUUAUAUAAUGUUUAAGUAUGGCAUAAGUUUAUUUUGACAGAUUGUUUCCCACUUUAUACACUUGUCUGAACUACUGCUAUUAUUAUCGCCAUAUAUAGGUUAUAACAUUUGUAUUGAAAAAUAUGCGCGAGUUCUGCAGCGGAAAUAUUAUACGAAUUAUUAUAAAGAAAGAUGUAAAUAUUCGUUCUAUAGCCUAAAUAGGAUUGGAAACAUCGUUGAUAAUGAAGUUAACAUGACAACACACAUGGAACUGACGUCACAAAUGUGGUUAAACUUCUAAAUGGAAAAAGAUUGAGGUCCAAUUGUAACGUAACAGAUUUUAAAAUUGAUUAUGUAAUAAACGAGAU